UUGGACAGGAGACCUCCAAGAAAUGUGCUGAGAAUCACAGGAAGUGGGUUGGGAUACUUAAGGCUCUUACUUUCACUGUGUCUGAGUAAGACCAGUACCACAUUAUGCUGUGCAGUGUGGGAGAGCACCUUUUUGAGGCUAGAAAAGCACAAACUCAUGUGUGCAGCUCCACACUGCUCCGUACUUGCUUCAGCUCCCUACUUACUUCAUCUCUCCAGAAGACCCACAGCUGAGUUUGUGCAGCACAGCCCAGGAGAGUGUUUCACUGAGCCAGCAUGAGGCAACGAGGACAGAAGGCAAAGGAAAACAAACACAGCUGAAAGUCACCAGCAACCCUUGUCGUGAUGCUGAACAUACUGAUUUGAGAGACACCAGGCAGGGAAGGGAACUUGUUUUGCACGGAGAGGGGAAGGACAAAAGAAACUUGAAACUGGCUAACUGGCUUCCCUUGUGGUGUGUCUGUGUCGUCCUCCUCCUUCUCCUCCCCCCGCCCCCCCCCCUCGUUAAAUGAAAGCACCUGAGGAACAUGAGAUUUCCUGCUUGAGAGGGAGGGGGAGUACUGAACUGGAUGAGGGAGGAGAAAGGCGAGUUGUGCUUUUGUGGUGUGGUUUAAGCUGAGAUCAGAGGGCUAGUGUGCGUGGGGGUGGGAGCAGAAGGAGAAAGGGCAUCUGAUGCCAGCUGCCAACAUGACAGAAACCCUGCAGCUCCCGGCACUGCAAGUCCCUGAGCAGCAGGUGGUGGAGGGUGGCCGCGCCUGGUCCAGUUCAUCCACCCCCACCCUGCGCAGGAAGCGCUUCAAGAUGAGACGGAUGAAGAAUGUGCAGGAGCAGAGCCUGGAGCCUGGCAGGUAUCAGGAUUUCCCUUCCUCCAGCAAGGAAUUCCUGCAGCUCCCAUCCAUUGAGAUCACCCCGUCCAGUGAUGAGGAUACUCCGUGGUCCAACUGCUCCACACCCAGCGCUUCCCCGCGGCGCAAGCGCUUCCUGCUCCGCAAGUGGCUCCGUGUGAGAGAGAAGAAGGAGUACAGUGAGAGCAGCAGUCAGCAGAGCAGCCAGCAAAGCAGCCAUGACGAUGAUUCGUCCCGGUUCUUGAGUCCUCGUGUGUGUGACGACAGCACUGCCAGUAACUCAAACCGCAGCACGCCUGCCUGCUCCCCCAUCCUGCGCAAACGGUCCCGGUCCCCAACACCACAGGACUCCCAAGGAGACGCCAUGGUGGAGAAAGGCUCGGACCACUCGUCAGACAAAUCCCCUUCCACGCCGGAGCAGGGUGUACAGCGGAGCUGUUCCUCUCAGUCAGGCCGCAGCGGGGCCAAGAACUCCAAGAAAAGCCAGAGUUGGUAUAAUGCACUCUGUUAUUUGCAGGUGUUGAGUCCAACAUACAAACAACGGAAUGAAGAUUUCAGGAAACUCUUCAAACAGCUUCCUGACACAGAGCGCCUCAUCGUAGAUUACUCAUGUGCGCUUCAAAGAGACAUUCUCCUGCAGGGCCGCCUCUACCUCUCCGAAAACUGGAUCUGCUUUUACAGCAACAUCUUCCGCUGGGAAACGCUGCUGACAGUCCGCUUGAAGGAUAUCUGCUCGAUGACCAAGGAAAAAACAGCACGGCUCAUUCCUAAUGCCAUCCAAGUUUGCACUGACACUGAAAAGCACUUUUUUACUUCCUUUGGGGCCCGAGACAGGACGUACAUGAUGAUGUUCAGACUCUGGCAGAAUGCCCUCCUUGACAAGCCUCUCUGUCCGAAGGAGCUUUGGCACUUUGUCCACCAGUGUUACGGGAAUGAGCUGGGUCUGACCAGUGACGAUGAAGACUACGUGCCUCCUGACGAUGACUUCAACACAAUGGGUUGUAGCUGCACUGAGAGGGGUAAACAUAAAAACUUGUGUUCCCUGUGGGGUCUCAGCUACUGUGAAGAAAUCCCCGUGGAAGAGAACGAAGUCAACGACAGCUCCUCAAAAAGCAGCAUGGAGGCCAAGCCGGAAGCCAGCCCUCAGCUGCCAAAGAAAUCUGUCACUGCCAGCACAUUGACAUCUACAGGAAGCAGUGAAGCACCCGCCUCGUUUGAUGGCGUGCUACCAGAAGAGGAGGAAGCAGUGGUGGAGAGUCCUGUGGAGAAAGACCUGGCCAUUGCAAAUAUCAUGGGAGAAAAGAUUGAGAUCAUUGCCCCUGUGAACUCCCCUUCCUUGGACUUCAAUGACAAUGAAGACAUUCCCACUGAGCUCAGUGACUCGUCGGAGACCCAUGACGAAGGGGAAGUCCAGGCCUUUUACGAGGAUCUGAAUGGCCGUCAGUAUGUGAAUGAGGUGUUCAACUUCAGCGUGGACAAACUAUACGACUUGCUCUUCACGGACUCCCAGUUCCAGAGGGACUUCAUGGAACAGCGCCGGUUCUCUGAUAUUAUCUUUCAUCCCUGGAAGAAGGAAGAAAAUGGCAAUCAGACCAGAGUGAUCCUGUACACUAUCACCCUCACCAACCCUCUGGCCCCCAAAACUGCCACCGUCACUGAGACGCAGACAAUGUACAAAGCCAGCCAAGAAAGCGAGUGCUAUGUCAUAGAUGCAGAGGUGCUAACUCACGACGUUCCCUACCAUGAUUAUUUCUACACCAUUAACCGCUACACGUUGACUCGUGUUGCCAGAAACAAAAGCCGACUCAGGGUUUCCACAGAGUUACGUUACAGGAAACAGCCUUGGGGGCUGGUGAAAUCCUUCAUCGAGAAAAAUUUCUGGAGUGGCCUAGAAGAUUAUUUCCAUCAUUUGGAGAGUGAACUGACCAAAACCGAGAGCACGUACUUGGCUGAGGUCCACAGACAAUCCCCCAAAGAGAAAGUGAGCAAGCAAUCGACCGUGCGCCGGAGGAAACGGGCCCACGCCCACCUGCGGGUGCCACACUUGGAGGAGGUGCUGAGUCCCGUCACCACCCCCACGGAUGAGGAGGUUGCACAUCGAAUCAAGCACGUGGCAGGUUCCACUCAGACACGGCACAUCCCUGAGGAGAGCCCCAGCGGUUUCCACCUGCAGAGUGUCUCCAAGCUGCUCGUUGUUAUCAGUUGUGUGGGAUGAAGACUGGAUAGGUUUACAGCAGCAAACCAAAAGCUUCCCACCAAACGCAGUUCAGUAACUGACUGACAUUUGGGUAGAUGUGACUGCACACGUAGCAGCAGCGCAGGUAUUUGUGGGAGAUGUGGGCCGUGUGGCAGAUCUUUGUGGGCAGACAGCCUGGUGCUGUCCUGUGUGUCUGGACAGGUGAGGUGACCGAUGUUUUUGGUAGGAAGGCACAGAUGCUUUAAAACAAUCUCUAUUUACAGGCUACUAGCUUAGAGUGGUCAGAGCGCCCUUCGCUACUGUUUCCAGAGCACAUCUGGCCAGUUGCCAUCUGCCUGAAUUGGCUUAUAGUGGGCCAUUCUUCCAGCAAAACAGCAGCAUUAUUCAGAGACAGGCACAAGCGUGUUAUUUUGGAAUCUAUUCCCUGAGCCUGUCAGUGUGGCUGAUAGAUAGGAGGAGCGGAAAUGCCAGCGCGUGGUGGUGGCAGUGGCAGGGGAGAAGCAGCUGCAGUACCUGUCUGGUAAGAGCACUGGCUUGCACGGCGUGCGGUGCGGUUCCCAUCACUGGGCAUGGUGUCAGUAGGUAAGGGAUAGGUGCACGCAGGCUGGAAUGUGCAUUUCCACCGGUGACAGUGCCCCACAUGGGCACUCUCUGUGCUUGUCCACAAGAGCCACCCACAGCUAGCCUUUUACUGACUCUCACCCGCAAUUGCAGGCACAUGAAUAUUGUCCUUCCUUCUUGCCUGUCUUCCCGCUGUUCCUAUCUUCCCUCCUCCCCCAUAUAUCUUCUGUACCCUCUAUGAGCUUUCUGUGCUCAGCCCAGUUUUUCCCAUCCUGUGUCAGUCUGUUUCUAACCUGCAGCUACUCCGUCUUUUCUCUUCCCUGCUCCCAUUAGGAUCUGUUUCAGGUACUGUCUUUUUUAACCUCUUUAUUCUCCCAUUUCCCUCCCUUUCUUUGCAUUCAGCACAGCCACCCAUCCAGCCUGUUCUGUCUGCUCCAUCUGUCAUCCCUGUCUCUCUCUGUCCUUGCUCUCUCGUCUCUCCCAGAAGGUGAAGUUUUGAGCUCUGUGAUCGCCUGGCCCUUACUCAGAUUAAAUUCCCACUCCCGUACAGAGUAGCCCUGGACCCCAGAAACCUUGUUAAAGCCCUGGGUGUUUUCCCAGGUGGGAAUGGCAGGGAAUGGAGUUAUGAAGUGCUCAUAGUAAAUUGACAUGUCUUUUUCUUUUUU